UGCAGUGUAACACCAGUUUAAAAAAUGUCACCUCUGAGCUUCAUGUUAAAACUGUGGAGACCUCUAAUACUGUGGAAGCUAACAACGAAGAGCUACUUACUACCCAUGAUGCUGAGUUGACAGGUAUAGUGCCACAACCAAGCCCAGAAACAGCCAAGUCUUCGAACGGCACAUUUACCAUUGCACAGCCCUCCACCGAUUUAAAUACUACUGCUCAAAUAUCCUGCCCUCACAAUAAGACUCUGGAUCUUCCACCAUCUAAUGGAAACAGCCCCAAAGCACAGAGUGAGGCUACAGAGCAGGUUAGUGCAGACUUUAAGAACACUACUGAAACUUCACUUAUUAUGAAUCAGAGUAGUUCCGCUGGUAAAGCAAGUGGUUCGUGUGAAGUGAACAAUGCCACUUUUGAUAGGCAUUCUCUUCAAAAAUCAAGUGGCAAUACACAUUUAGGGGAAGCCAGUGGUACAAGCGUUUGCCUUCAGAACACUUUCGACAGUAAACCGACCUCUAAACAGAAUGGCACCAUAACUUUGUCAGAAACCAGCUCCAGUGACGGUCACCAGAAUACUUUGGACAAGCCCUCUCCUCCUAAAGUCUGUAAUCCAACCACUAGCCCAAACGAUGACACUUCUGAAGUCCAUCCUCCUGAACUGCCAAAACAAAAUGUAACAACAACUAUCACCCCUGAGAGCACGUUUGAAGCUAAUUCAGCCGUAGAGGUAGCUUCUGGAGCUAGUAGACAUGAGGCUAAAGAUCAUUCACACCCAAACCUGCCUGCGACGGACGGUCUUUCCGGCGCUUUGGGCCAUCAGAGCAUGGCUGUGGAGAGCAACAAAGCAAACACAUUCAAUUUGGAUGACACCUUAGAUUUAAAAGUAGACUCUUUGGUUACUUCCACACCAAUGACUAACUCUAAAGUGUUCCACUUCAGCACCGAACGCGAGGACGGUAAAACCAUAGCUGCACAGAAAAAACUGUACGGGUAUGGACCCAGUAAUCCAGUUGGUCAGGUGCCAUCAGACGUUCCAUCUAACAUUGUCUCUGACCGAAAAACGUUCUUGACGCAACCCACUGCUAGGACCCUUUUGCCCCCUGCGAAAGCUGCAUCCCAGCUGUUGAAGUACAAGCCAGCCAUCAUGCCUCUGAGAAGAUGUGAGCCGUCGACAUCAGGCCUGCCGAUGACAAGACAGAGAGCUCAAGCUGAGGUUUUGAAAAACACUGCAGCUUCCGAUGCAGCCCAAGGGACCACAGGAAUAUCAAGCUCCUACAACCUGCGUGCUACAACAACAGGAUCCAAUAAGCCCAAUUCUGGCUUGCCGAGACCACCGUCAGGAAUCCAGAGAGCUGCAGCGGGUCUCAGGCCACCAUCAGCAAGAAGCAACGCACUAACUGCUUCAAGUACCGACAGACUCCAUGGGCCUACAGUUGCUAACCCAGUGACAAGGGCUUCACAACCAAAGAAGCAUCCCUUAACCAGGGGUGAAGCUUUGCCAACAGCAAAGAGGAAGAAAAUGGAUGCUCCCUUACCAUCCAGUAGUACCGAAGCUCCAGCAUCUUCCUGUGAUCCUGUGAACAGAGCCAAAAACCUGAAACAGCCCACAACCAGUCAGAAACCUGUGCCAGCUAAAACCCAAAGAGAUGAUACUGCAGUGCCAGCCAGUACUGCUGAAACCAUAACAACUUGCGAUGCUGCUAGCAGAGCCAGAACCCUGAAACAACCUGCAAACAGCCAUAGAGGUCUUGGAGCUAAACCCCAAGGCCAUGGAUGUGCCAAAUGUGUGGUGCUUGAAGAGCAACUCACAAUAAAAUCAGAAGAAAUAAGGAGACUGAAAGCAGAGCUGCUGAAGUACAGUAAACAUGGAGAACAAUGCUGAAUGCUCCAAUUAAAUCCCAAUGUGACUAUUUAAUAACAUAUCU